GUCCAUGAAUAUAACCAGCUUUCUGGGUGGGUUUUGGGUUUUUUGGUUUUGUUUGGUUUUUUGGUUUUUUUUUUUUUUAAAAGUGAUUUUUCCCCUUGGCGCUUGGGUGCUGUCAGAAGUGCAGUUGAGCAGAAAAACAUUUGCUUCCUCAUGGGUGGACUGGAGGCUGCACGACCAACGUGAAAACUUUGUCUCUGAAGAAGUUCAAACCAAAGUAAACAAGCAACAUUCCUUGCAAGUUUUCGAAUAAAAACUCUCUCACUUAGCUCCAGCUCAGGUCUGUUACUGAGACACCUCUUGUCAUUUUAGAUUAGGCACUUGGCUAAUCCAGGUGGAGUUCUACAAUCCUAAUCAGUAAUUUUACACUGGAUGCCCAAACUUCAGAAGCUUGGCUCUUAACACUUCCUGCUUCUGGUGCACCCAAAGUGUAUCACGAAAGGUGACAGCAGAUUCCCUACUAGGAGAGCUUCCGGGUAGGCAGCAGCACCUCCAAAGGGAACAAACAUUUUCAGAAUGUGAGAGCCAGAAAUACUUUUUCAGAAAAAAAAAAAAAAAAAAAGGAAAAAAAAAAAGUUUCUCUUCUUGAGCCAAGAGAGCACACAGCUCACUUUGGCUCUGCCGGCACUGCCACCUCUUGGAAUGGGAACAACACUGGAAACUUGCUAACAGAAUCACAGAAUCCCGCAGCACUGUGCAAAAGACAAAGCAGCUGUUUCUGGAGCAGCUCACUCGGGGUGCAAUCGUCUGGAAAGAACCUGUUAACCCUAGUCUCAAAAGCUACCUUUUCGGGUCAAAAGGCCACAGCUAUGCCUCCCUGCUGAGUUGGACAGAGAUCUUUCUGUAGAUGUAGAUUUUCCAUCCACCCCCAUCCCUAGGAAACCAGCUGGUUCUGAUUUUUCUUUCUUAUCUUGGAUUUCAAAGAACAGAAAAUGCUUUUGAAUUGCAUAAACAUACAAAAUGUAAUUUAACUUGGCACUAUAGCAUUGAAGCCCAGCAUGCAAAGAAACAGCCAAGGUCUCUCUGUCCUCAGUGCAUUUAGAAGAGCUGAACUCCAAGCAGCCGUUUGUUUGAGUAACCAAACCAGAUCGGCAGUAAUGAACUAGAUGGCUUAUUCUGGAAGUACUCUCUUGGUCACUUGGCUUUGUGUUAUCACCGAGAUAACACAUUAAUAAAUAUUAAAUAGCAAUGUUCCAGUCCCACAAAACAGCACUGACUAUUACAAUACACACAUGCUAGAACAUUCUGAUAUAAUAAUGACAUAAAAGUUAUAAUCCAUCCAAGUGUUGACCUGUCCAAACACUUGUUUUAGAUGAAACUAUGGGUAUUUCUCAACAAUAUCCUAUUCCACUUACUGACUGAAGCAAAAUUUUAACUUCCAUAGCUCUCAUGCAAGCUUGUUUGUUGUGACGUCUUCCAAAAUCUUUCUCAGGGAACAAAAGAACAGCAAAUAUUGGUGGCAAAACUGAGGCACCUAACUUUGACUAGACUAUUUUCAGUAACAACAGUUCCUGGUGAUCAUGCUUCCUGGGAAUAAAGAAGGUAUAAAAUGACUGUGCAGGGCAGAAGGGAUUAGCUUCAUGACGGAUUAACUUCAUGAGGCAGGUAUUUCUCCAACAGAUCCAGGGGAUUUUGCUUUGCUCAUCACCAGCAGUGACAGGUGAGCAUCCACUGUUCUGUUCAUGUAUCGCGCCAUUAGAAUAGACUGCGGCUUAAAAGAAAAACAAGCUACAUUUAACUUAGCAUAUAAAACUUGCAUUCAUUUGUAAGAAAUUGAAAAGCAUCCAGCUGUCACCAGUGAACACAGACUUUAGCUCUUAAUGUCACCAUUCAGUAAAACUGUUUGGUAAAACAUUAUUAAUGAUAUUGUAGUGAGGUAUUGAAGUAAGUGCCUUAGUUUUUGAAGAGGCUUUCUGUGGGUGAAAGUGCAAGAAGUCUUCAAGGGCUGUGUUACUCAGUAAAAAACAAUUGAAAACUAUGUACCACUUGAGUUCAGCGUUUGGAAUUCCAGUUAGAAUUGCAUUUCUUUCUGGAAGGACAAAAUAGGAAAACUGGGAAAAAAACCCUACUUUUCUUAGGUGCAAGCCAAGGGCAGGCACUGUCCAGUUCUAACUCUGUGCCUGCUGAAAUAAGUGUCCUUUUACAAGAAACACCAUUUUGCCUUUGCUGAACAGUACAGCUGACAAAAGCACCCUCAAAGCCGGAUUUUGAAACGAAACCAGUGCCAAAACACGUAGACAAUUAAUAGUCCUCCACCUUAGCUACUGGGAACAAGGACUGAGACCAGAUAAACUUGUUUUCCUUGUGAUCACCAGCUCUAUAAGAAAGCUGGCAGUUUACUAGCAUUAGUCAGUGGAAAGGUUUAUUCUCUAUUUGGUUCUUCCACAGCAUAAAGCCUGGAGAGGUUGAGCCAGAAUGUCUUCUGAAGGCUUUCUGAAGGAAAUGCAAACCAUUGGUGAGAAGUUUCUCCUUAAGCUCCAGAAACUACCCAAGGCUGACCCAGUGGAGAUUGUGUCCUUUUGUGUGGUUCUUCUGUUUAUCGUUACUGUUCUUGUGCUCAUGAUCAUUGCCUGCAGUUGCUGCUGCUAUAGCUGCUGUAGCUGUGAUGGACAUCCUGACCACAGACAGAGGAAGAGCCAAGUCCGCCCAGCUGCCCAUUCAUGAAGCGCAACAAGAGGUGACACAAUUUACUAUCAAGGACAUGCACAGACAUCAUGAUUCAGUCCCAUGGGGAUGACUUUCUACACUAGCUCACUGGAAAUGGCAAUAACAAUAAUAAUUAAUAUGACUCAAAGGACCAGAAAUCACAGCAUGGAAUUCCUUCUUUCUGUGACAGCCACUACUGUGACCAGAAAGGUAAUGCUACUUUACCAUCACUGUGUCCUUCUUCUAGGGUGGGAUGAGGGUGCUGGACACAUGCUGCUGAGAAAACAAACAUGCUUUCCCAUUGACAGCCCUGCAACUGGGCCAGCCAAGGAUUCCCUCUGUGAGCAGGGAGCCACAGACCAAAGCAGAGAACACGGAGGCGGCCACAUGCUAGGCAGCGCUUAAUCUCUUCACAGGUGGCUAAUCCAGAAGGAUGGUGCUGGGCAUUAGCAGAACCCCUAGACAUCAUUGGGAGAUCUACAUGCUUAGAUCUCCCAGUGCAUCUUGGAUCAAUCCCAAACCUGCUAUCUCCAAAGCUGCCUGCAACAGACACGUUUAGCAGAGACAUCUGCUGAAAACAACAAACCUUCUCAUCCAGACAUACUAGCUGAGGCUCUGAGCACAGCCAGAAUAAAUGCUCCCCGCUUUACUGCAUGGGGGCUACAGUGAUAUGAAAUCGCCAAAGAGAAAAAACAGUUCAUGUGCAAUAUCCUUUGUAAACAGAAAGGUGAAGGCAAAAGUGAAAACUUCAACAAUGCUACAGCUUCAUUUGAUCAUUCUGCUGGUAAAUGUGCUCCCUCCCCACCCUCUGUGUGGUUCUGCUCUUCUGCUUACUGCAGGUGAAUGGUUCUUACAGAGCGCGGGAAUUAGAGAUGAACAAACCCGGCCUUCCUUGAGGGGCCUGUGUGCCUGACUCCCUGCCCUGUGUGCAGUUUGUUUUAGUGGACAUAAACAUUAUGCCUUAGGUUUAUUAGCACAUGCAAAGGCAUUUCAGAGGAGUGACAUACCAGGUGGUAACUAUCACUGCAGGGCACCCGUGCAGCAGCUGACAGAGGGCACUGUGACAAAGCAGAGCUCAGAACAGCCUGCACAGCUGGAGAUAAGUGCAAAUAAAUCCCUUUUCCACACUGCA